AUAACGACGACAAUAAUGAAAUUGUUGAAAGAGGGGGAAGCCUCCCCUCUCCUUAAAAGUGCAGAAGCAUUAAUCUUCAAAUAAGCAUCAUAAUUUCUUGCAACAUCAGUAUUGCAUCAGAGGUUCGAACGAACGAUUCGCAAUGUACUUUGCCGAGGGAGGUAACACAUUGUACAGUGGUGAAGUGAAGAAGGAAUGCAAUGGCAUUUCGACGGAGCGUCGUACAGCGCGCUUAUUGAGCAGACGUUACGCUUUGACAGCUACGAGUUACAAGUAUUUGGAGAUUGGAAUUAACGUCGGUCCACCGAGUUACGUGGAGAUCGCCAUAGGAGAUCAUCAAGGACGAGAAUUGAUACUGUCUGUUGAAACGUGGAAAGGUCUCUACGAGCAACGAUGGAAUAUUUCCAAAUUAAUUCGGAAUGACUACAAGGACAAUUUUAUAAGCGUCGGACCCUUAACAAUCAAAGUUAGUGUGAUGAAUGACGUUAGGCUCAUACGUCUCGAAUCUUCUAACGUGUAUGUGACAGUGAUUGAAUCCACGUUACAUCGUAUGUUCAGUUUGUACGAGUGUAUCAACGUAAUGUUCGAGCGCUUAGUUAGAAUCGUUGAUACAGUCGAUGUUAAGUACACACAAUUCUUAAACAUUGCGUCCAAUGUAAUGAAUCAAGAAAAAGCGAUACGCGAGAGCAAUAUCUUCGAUAUGCGUCAACUCGUCGAUUGUGAGCUGUUAGCUUUAUUUUUUACUGCAUAAACAAUGUAUUCACAACAGACAAUAAAUUGUUUAUUAUUAAAUUAAAAUUGCAACCUUUU